AGGUGACUGAGAUGUUCCAGCAGAUGAAGGAGCACAUGUACACGGUCUAUGAGAAGAACAGCGCUGAGAUGCAGCUGAAGCUUCAGGAGCUGGCGGAGGUGCUGGACAGCUGCACGAAGCUGAACGACGAACUCGUGGAGGCCGGUCAGGCCCUGGCGAGUCUCAGAGAGGCUCUGGGCAUAACUCAGAGCUCAAACCAGUAACGAACCAGUUAUCAAUAGUGAAUAAGUUGUUCUGAAUAUCCUGACUUGUUUUAAUGAUACUAAAUAUUAGCUUGGCUUUGGGCAAAAUGUUGGUGUAGAUAUUGUCCGUUCUGUUGUAUGUUGUCUUUGUAGWGUGGAACUUGUUUGCAGCAGUUGAUUCUGCUUUAGGUUUCAGGUAAACAGUUUGUGCCUUGAGUUAAAAAAAACUCAUGGUUUCUAUUGUUUUUGUUUGAACAUAUCUUCACUUAAUAAAAACAUUUCACAU